GCGGCCACAGCACUGAGCUAAACAAGCUAACCUGUCCAGGUGCACAAUGUGAACAGGUGAACCUGGAGAAGACUGUCCCAAACACAUGACAAGGAACUGUGGUUAUGGUGAGGACACACCAUGGCAUCUGAGCCAAGUGAGGAAAGGAACCUUCUUCGCCUCCGAGCAUGGGAACAGCGGAACCAGGAGACAGGCCAAGCCAAAGAACUCAGCCUAGUGAAUGUGCCACUCUUUGGGGAACCAUACAAGACGACUAAGGGGGAUGAACUUUCCGAUCGAAUCCGGAGGAUGCUGGGCAGUUAUGAGGACAACUGCACCGUUGAGCCGUUAUCGUUUCCUACAUAUGAAACCUUACCGCAGUCAGAUCAGGUCCAGUCCAACGCUGAAAAAUCCUCUAAACCUCCAUUCCAUAACCAGGUCUGUUGCACGUCCACUCAAAGCCAAAAAGGCCCCACUAGUAACGCUUGCCCCACUCAGCCCACAAGGACUCCUGCCCUUUCCUCUCCCAUUCACCAGGAGCAUUUGUCAAAGGUCCCCGUUAACCACGGUCAGGACAGCCAGUUCAACCGCUCGACUUAUCAACAGCCCAAGAGCGACGCCUUCUCAGAUCUGCGGGAGCCUGUCAACCUUUCCCAGGAAAAGCCAGCUGAGUCUCCCGAUGCUAAGCCUCCACCUUUCCUACAUUCCAGUGACCAUAAUAAGACUGAGCCCAAAGACAUGCACGCCAACACAUUUGAAAGGCAUCAAGGGUCCGCAGAGUACCCGCCCGACUCUGCCAGCACCACAGACGCCUCUGUCGCCAACCUCACACAGGCCUCUAAAGAUGUGUCUCCCCCACACUCCAAGAAUAUUUGCGCUCGACCCUCCCAAACGUUCCCUCCUCCUCUGUCCGCCAAGCAGCCCAGCGCCGCCAUGACCAAGAAGCCCACAGCCUAUGUGCGACCUAUGGAUGGUCAGGACCAGGUCAUCGGCGAGUCACCUGAGCUAAAGCCUUCGCCAGAGCCCUAUGCACCUCUACCAGAGAUAACGCUCAACAAAUCAAACCAGGGAAAAAAGAAGAUACUGCCGCAGUACCUGGAGACAAAGACAACUGAAGUUCACUGUGUGGAAGACAUCUUAAGGGAAAUGACCCACUCGUGGCCUCCUCUCCUUACAACGAUACACACACCUUGCACAGAUGAACCCUCCAAGUCUCCAUUCCCAGCCAAAGAAGCGGGGCAUGUUUCUUCAUAUCCAGGACAAAAAACCUGUCACCCCUCCACUACAGCUCCAACACUUCUCCAACACAACUCUUCAUCUUUACCUGCAGAGCCACAUUCCAGUGAGGUGGAGUGUUCCAGCUCCAGUGACUCUGAGACGAGCUCCAAAUCAGAGUCAGACAGUGAGAGUACAAUCGAAGAACCACUGCAACCUCUGAUGAGCAGCUCUGUGAAAACUGACAUGUCUGCUCCAGCAGUGACCCACAGCGACUGGCAGUUGGGGAACUGGAUCAGGUCCAACCAACAGAACUCCAGCUCCGAUGGCCUUGGAGCUGCACAUGCCUCAGAGAGUCCCACCACGCACAAACAGAUCCCACCCACACACGGCUUCAAACACACCAGUGUGGAUGCGGUCCACCCCACCAGGGAGUCUCAGUCUCAGCUCCCCUCAAACCAAAACCAGUUCAGCGACAACCUCACCAAUUCACAGCAGUGCAGCACAAGUUGUCAGGACAGUUAUUACCAGCAGAGAAGCCAAAAACCCUCCUCUACUGAUCUGAGCAGCUGCACAGGAAUCAGGAAAUGUUCGGGGAACACCCAGCUUUCAGACCCAGCAAAGUCGGCACUAACAGAUAACACUGAAGAUGCUCUCAGUGUAAAGUCUGACCAAACCACAACCAUACGAGAGAAAGACUCGUGUUUCUCAAAGAGACCUAAGGUAAAAACAAAAACGGGGCGUUGCAAGAAAAGUGAGGAUGGCAGUAAUACUAAAAAGGACAGUGUAAGGACUGCUAAGCACAGCUCUCUGGACAAAAGGAAGACUGGAUCAGAGCCUGGGCACGAUGCCUCACCGGUCCAGUGUGGUCAUUGUCUAUCAUGUGGUAUGAGAUAUUCCAAGCCCUGCUCCUGCCCCACACACAGUCUGCUUCCCCCUGACCAGCCGUCCCCUGCCACAUCAGUCACAUUUAGCUGUAGCAAACCUGAAGCAGAGACCAUCUGCCAGAAAACCACCAAGAUGCCUCAAAAAAUGUGCCCUGAAAUCCCCAAAUGCUCAGAGCGUACAGCUAAAGUAUCCCAGGACAACAGUAAGGCUCCUAGGUCACUGGUGGUGAAGAUUAAUCUAAAGCUCCUGUCGAGGAUCCCCUGUGGCUUUCAUCAGGACACACCCAGCAGCACAAAGACACCAGUGGUAGUUGAGCCACAUGGAGGAAGUACCGAUGUCUGUCUACCACACAAACUCUCCAAAACAAGCUUAAAGACUACACAUCCAAAUGUGGAGGUAGACAAUAAAACUGUUCCCAGGAAGAAACGGCGUCUAGAAAAUAAGAGUUCAUCAUCAGUCACUGUCAGUUUUAAAGGUUCCAGUAACCCGUCAGAGGACAGGGAGCAAAAGAAAGCCAAGAAAAAGCACACAUCUUUACAUCUUACAUCGACACCCGGAGGCGCAAUGAAGAGAACACAAAGAGAGCAGAAGUCUUGUUCUGGGGAGACCCGAGAGUCUAGUAUGGAGGCUGGAAAGAGCCGAGACUCCCACAAGCACAAGAAGAGCUCAGGAAAAAAGACAGAGCACCCCGACUCUGAAAAGCAGAAGCCUGCGACGGACAGUCUUGCAUUGCCGUCACGCUCAGAGCCGACCACAGGAACUCCAAGCAGCAGACCCCUACUCACAUUUGAAGACAGACAAUAUCCAGUCAAGCAUUACAUAAAGGAAGCUAAAAGACUGAAGCACAAAGCUGAUGCAGAGUCGGAUAAGCUCAGUAAAGUUUUCAACUACCUGGAUGCGGCUCUGUACUUUAUCGAGAGUGGGAACGCAAUGGAAAAAGACCCACAGAUCUCACUGUCUUCAUACACAAUGUUUGCAGAGACUGUGGAGCUCCUCAAGUUCGUACUGAAACUUUUAAGCUCAGCAGGCAGUUGUACGUCACCCACGGAAAAGGAUUUCUUAGCUUUAUGUUUGAGGUGUCAGUCUCUCCUGCAGAUGGCCAUGUUUCGCUGCAAACAGAAAACUGCACUCAAGUAUUCAAAAACCCUCACUGACCACUUUAACAGUUCUGCACAAGCCACACCGGAUCGUUCCAAAGGCAAAGACACCCCGUCAACCGUCUCUCCAGCCAACACACCCAGCAGCUCAGGUCCUGGAUCCACCCACAGCUCUGCAGGCUGUGUGGUGGGUCCGCUCAGCAGCACCGUGGCCGUUCCCCAGGCCAUCGAACAAGUGGCUUUCACCUACGUCAACAUCACAACGUUACUGUUAAGCGCUCAUGAGCUGUGGGAGCAGGCUGAGGAGUUGGCACAUAAAGGCACUGGUUUGCUGACGGAGCUGGACUCAGUUGUGGGUCGACUGAGCCUGACGUCGAGUAUGAACGCCAUGGUCCGUUACACACGACAAGGUCUUCACUGGCUGAGGACGGACGGCCAAAAGGUAAAAUGACUCAACAAGCUGCUCCUCCUGCUGGAACAAAAACAUGCAGACCCUUCCAGCUGCCUCUCACCCUGUACCUCAUGUCAGAUGUGGUGACGCCCACCUCAGCCCUUCUUCAUGUCAGAUGUGGUGACGCCCACCUCAGCCCUUCUUCAUGUCAGAUGUGGUGACGCCCACCUCAGCCCUUCUUCAUGUCAGAUGUGGUGACGCCCACCUCAGCCCUUCCUCAUGUCAGACGUGGUGACGCCCACCUCAGCCCUUCUUCAUGUCAGAUGUGGUGACGCCCACCUCAGCCCUUCCUCAUGUCAGACGUGGUGACGCCCACCUCAGCCCUUCUUCAUGUCAGAUGUGGUGACGCCCACCUCAGCCCUUCUUCAUGUCAGAUGUGGUGAUGCCCACCUCAGCCCUUCCUCAUGUCAGAUGUGGUGACGCCCACCUCAGCCCUUCUUCAUGUCAGAUGUGGUGACGCCCACCUCAGCCCUUCUUCAUGUCAGAUGUGGUGAUGCCCACCUCAGCCCUUCCUCAUGUCAGAUGUGGUGACGCCCACCUCAGCCCUUCUUCAUGUCAGAUGUGGUGACGCCCACCUCAGCCCUUCUUCAUGUCAGAUGUGGUGACGCCCACCUCAGCCCUUCUUCAUGUCAGAUGUGGUGACGCCCACCUCAGCCCUUCUUCAUGUCAGAUGUGGUGAUGCCCACCUCAGCCCUUCCUCAUGUCAGAUGUGGUGACGCCCACCUCAGCCCUUCUUCAUGUCAGAUGUGGUGACGCCCACCUCAGCCCUUCUUCAUGUCAGAUGUGGUGACGCCCACCUCAGCCCUUCUUCAUGUCAGAUGUGGUGACGCCCACCUCAGCCCUUCUUCAUGUCAGAUGUGGUGACGCCCACCU